AUGUUUCUGAACUUCUAUAGCGCUAAACACCUGGUUUUACUAGGCUGUGCACUGGCAAGCCUUACAGUUGUUUCUGCUCUUGCCCAACAAGAGCAGAAUCAGCUGUGUGACACUGCUUUGACCAUUUCCAAUGACUUCCAUGGCUUUCAAUCUGCAGACGGAGAGGGAAACGGCAGCAUCCACAACCGCUCGCUGUCUGCGUGGAACUGGAUACCAACGUUUUCACCACUCAGAAUACCACAGGUCAUCUUUGAAGCCCAGUGCAGCUCUGAAUAUUGCUUCUUGCCCACUGGUGUGGAUGAACGACUGAACUCUGUGCCAAUUUAUCAGGACAUCCUGGUGCUGAAACAGGACACGGAGCACAAGAAAUGCUUCAGGGCAACAUAUGAGAAAGUAAUAGUGGGCUGUACAUGUGUACGGGCUAAAACCUCCUGA